AUGGCCACCACGGCCACUGCGAACCAUGCCUUCCGGGCGCUGAAGUUUGAACUUGAUCCGGUCUUUCGCAGUCCAACCUCACUUCAAUACAAAGACUAUCGACACCAUUCCCGGACCAAGCAAUCUACCUCGCCCUAUUUCAAGCCCCGGUUUACCUUCAAGACCGAAGAUCGAGAAGGGACUCUGGGCCACCCUGACUUCAAGAGGGCCGGUGCUGAUGACCCUUUGAUGCCCCUUUAUCCAUAUGGGAAAAACGUCCAUUUCCAAGAAGCCAACUUCGGCCUCUAUGGCGGCGCCACAAUUCGCUCAGGAAACAAAGUCUCCAAAGGCAGAAACAAGGGAAAGACUUUGCGGCAUUGGUUCCCUAACGUCAGGUUGGAAACUAUUCGGAGCGAAGCUCUAGAUCGAGAGCUGCGGAUUCCCAUCACAGCACGAGUGAUGAGGACAAUCCGAAAGUGCGGUGGACUCGAUGAGUACGUGUGUGGAGAGAAACCUGCUAGGAUAAAGGAGCUUGGCUUGCUCGGCUGGCGUUUACGCUGGCUUGUCAUGACUUCGCCCAAGAAGCUGGAAGAGUACGCCCGGCAGAGAGAGGAGUUAGGUCUCGAGGGAAAAUCACCACUGGUAGAAACAUUCGAAGACGUGUGGAACGAUCCCCACCGGCAGGCGAAACUCAUCAAACAACAAGAGGUUGCGUGGCAGACCUUGAGAGACGCUGCCCAGAGAUUUGAGACUCAUGUUCAAAAUCAAUGGAUCAACGCUGGCGAAAAACACGAGUACAAGAUUCCUCAGCUUCAGACUUUGAAUAAGGAGGAUUUUACGCAGUUCCCCUUGCCGAGGACCUUGCCUGAAUACUACCACGACGAGGUCAUUGUUCCAGGCCUUAGCCAGCCAUCUCCGGAUACGAACGAGGUUACUGAUGAAUUCCUGGUGGAAUUGGAAGAACAGAGGCUACAGAGGUCAGAAAGGCCGCGUGAAAAAAGGCAGAGACGGUUCCAGGGAAAGAAAGUCAAUUCUGAAGAGGAUUCAGAGCCUCAGAUAUAA